AUGUGCACCGCAUGGAGUUUGCACUUCGCGGUGGACUGGUUCCUGACCACCAACCUGGCUGUGGAGGGAGCUGUUUCCGCUGUUGUUUGUGCUGUCGUCGUGACAUGUUUGGCUCUUGGCUUGAUCUUCGUGCUGGACAAGCUUGCUGACAUGGAAUUCACGGAUGAUGAGGCGCUUUUUGCGCGUGCCCUCAUCACCUCCUUGGGUAUCUUGAUUGGAUUCUCCUGGGAGCGCAGCUUCGAUGCAGCCGUCGGAGGCCUUGCGGAGCAGCGGGCCUUCGGCCUCGCUCCGCCGGUGAUCACGCUGCUGCUUGCCAUCAUCCUGGCGAGCAUGGUGGUUCCAGCAUGGAAGUGGUACAUCCUUCCGACCACGCUGCAGUACAAGAAGGAAGCCCAUCACGCCAGCCACAAUGAUCACGAGAACGGUUCGACGGAGCACCGUGAGCUUCAUGAUGCGGAGGCUCCCUCGCAGAGUGCCGACUUGUCCCAGCCCCUGCUGACGGGCAAGAAGGAAGUGAGCUUCCGAGAGGGCGAGCCAGACGUGAUCGUGUCUUCGCAGGGCAAAGACGAGGCUCAGAAGCGGCUGGAGGCUCAAGCAAAGCAACUGGCGGAGCUGCAAGCUGCCCUGGCUGCGAAGGAGCAGGAGGUCCAGGAGGCCGCCUGUCCUGCGUCUCCUCAUGUCUCCUCCGAGCUCCGGCGAGACUUCGUGAAAGCCCCGGAGGCCCGUCGAUCGAGUCUGGCUCUCAAGGAGACCUGCGAAAAGGCGGAGCGGAAACACAUCGACCUCGCAGCAGCUUGUGAAAAGGCGCAUGCAGGAGCGAGGCUCCAUGCAGAUCGCGCUGUCCAGCUCGAGGGCUCCCUGCAGGAGCACGACCAGACACGAACAGGAAGCUUCAAGUUGCUUCAAGUGGCCCACGCCCAGGAGAAAGACAAGGCCCUGCAACAGAGAACAACCGAAGCGGCAACCUUGCAGGAAGACGCCAAGAGGCUCAACGCUGAAGUGGCCCGGCUUCAGAAGUCAACCGGCCAAGUCUCCUUCUUCUGGGGCGUGGGCGGGUCGAGGCCGUCAACAGCAGUUCCAACUAAAUCCGAGACCGAACCGUCCGUCUUGGCAGUCCUUGCCGGCGGCGCCAUGUGCGACUGUGGCUGCUGCCUGGAUCUACUUGGCGGCUGCUUCAAAUGCUUGUAUGAUAUGUUCAGAAGUAUUCCUGUCCCGAGCAUUGCCGCAUUCUUUCUUUUCCUCACCGGUUAUGGCCUUGCAGUCUCCGGGAGAACACAGUCCAUCGUGGCAUUGGACCAGAUGGGCUUGAUCACCCUGACGGGUCUGCUGGGUGAUCUCGGCAUCGGCUUCUUCUUGGCUUUGAUUUUCAACAUUCUCUCUGUGCUGGCAGCAUUCCUGGCGUCCGGCAAGACAAGGGAGACGAUCUUUAGUCGUGCCGACUACUGCUGCACCGCGUGCUUUCAGUUUUUGCUGGGGCGCUGCGCACUUAGCCUGAUACUGGCCGGAAGCCUGGCGAUGUUGAUGAUCGACACGGUGCUCCUCUUCGGCGUUGCCAGCGCCUCCUCGUUGGUCUUGCAGGUCGAUGCAGCUUGCGGCCUGAGGUCUGUGAUGGGUUCCGUCAUCGAGGCAGUCUCGCUGCUGACGGGCACCAAGAUUUCGCUGGAAGCCUUCGACCAAAUUUGCAGUUCGAACGCCACUGCGGGCUUCACUCGCCUGGCCACGGGCACCUGCCUCUUAGUCCUGGGACAGACGUUGCUGAUGGUAUUUCUCUCGUCAAACUACACCAGAAUCGUUCUGCAGCCCCACUUGACGCACCACAAGGACUCGGACCACAGGGCACAUGCCUAUGGCUCCACGGCCGUCAGCGAACACGCGACCAAGCUGAAGAUGUUGGACGAGCAGCGAGAGCAGGAAAUGACGAAGGCCCAAGUGAGGAUCGUCGACAGCGAGGCCGCUGCCCAGAAGUGGGAGCAAAGAGCAACUGCGGAGGCGCAACGCUCUGCUGAUUUGGAGGCAUCUUUGCGCCUCCGCGAGAAGCAGCUUGAGACUCUGAAGGUGCAGAAGGCUUCGGAGAUUGACCACAUGUCAGCGGUGGCCACCGAGCGAGACCGCGAGCUGAGGCAGCUUCAGGCAGACAGUACGGGCCAGGAUGUUGUUGCCAAGCUGCAGGCAGAGAACAGGCAGCUGCAGCAGAUGCUCGACAAUGCCACCGCGAAGGUGAAGGAAGGUCUGGAUGAGCAGAUGUCUCUACAGCAGCAAAAGCUGCAGCUUCAGGAGGAGGUGGUUGUCAAGAAGACGACAGCAUCCUUGUCCCUCGGGGGGAAUGCCACCUUUGGGGACCUCAUGAAGCGGCUCUUUACCGACCAUGGCAUUGAUGUGUCAAAGCAAGUCAUCCUGUACCAGUGCAAGGAAUUCCGCAUGCCGCCAUACGAGCAAGGCAAGCUCGUGAUCUACGACGGCGAGCAAAGGGAGGUUACGGAGGACCGGACCCUGGCCGAGCUGAAAAUCGACGGCUCCGAGGCUUUGGUUUGUGGAGAGCUCCAGGACGAGUGGUUGGAGGAAGUGAAGUGGGGCGCUUUCGGACACACUCUGUACGAGGCAUGGUCAGCUUUGCAAGGCUCGCCCGCUCCCUUUGCUCGACCAGCCUUUACGUGGUCGGCCCAGGCUCCCCCCGGUGGGGCCCUGGCAUCCACGGUGCAAGGUACCAGGCUGAUCUCUGCGCCGCAGAUGACUUCAAUCCCCGCGCAGUAUGUCGUCGACAGGGGCAGCUAUCAGCAGCCGACCUGGCCGACAACAGUGAUCAACAAUCCGCAGCUCCUUCCAGGCCUGGCCCAGAACGGGGAGGGACGGCUCUCGGAUUAUUUCAAGACGCAUCAUGGCGAUGCCAGGAACCCGCUUCACAUGAGUGGCUGCCGAUGGAGUCACAGUCACCAGUAG